GCGUAGAAAUGUCACAUGGAAGUGCAUUGAAAUUCAACUUCAUCAUUCUUAGGCAGAACAGGCAAAGGUGGAUGAGUACAAGUAUUUACCUGAAUUUGUAGGAAAUCUGUUGGAAAGGUCGUCAGCCCUGAGAUAUGAACUUUGAAUUUAACUUGUACAGUUUCAUGGAAAAGGAGAAUGCCUCAAAAUCAACUUACUGAGUUUUGGUCAUAAUUAUAAUCCUUCAUUACUUCACUGAAUAAUGGAGGAAGACCAAAGGGGCAAUCGGAGGAGGGAUGCUCCUGCUAAACCUGAAAAGGCAAAGAAGGAAGGGAUUGGUAACCUGUUUAAGGAGCUGCGUGCAAUGUUACAAAAUCAUGGCUACCCUGCGAAAGGAGAUAAGUCCAGAGCAUUGCAAAGCACAUCUGCCAUUUUGCAGAGGAAGGAAGUAAAACUCAAUCCUGGUGGCUCUCGAGAUAAAACAAGUUGGGUUCCAUUUUUUCAUAACUAUGAAGACUUUAACCAAAUGAUGCUACAGGAAAGAAGAGAUCAAACCUGGGAGACCUUGCACCUUGCCCUAAUCCAAGAGUCCUUGAGUAGUACAGCUGAGACACCAUUUUUACUCCACCCAUACUCCAGCCCAUGGGAGACAAAGUCAUUGGAUGGCUUUAUGAUUAUACUGAGCACGGAUGGAGUGAUCAUGUUUGUGGCUGAAAACGUCAUGUCUCUCCUUGGCCACCUGCCAAGGGAUAUUGUGGGCAAAAAAUUACUGAGCUUUCUGCAUGACGAAGAGAAAACUGAAGUCUACCGUAAGAUUACACUCAAACUUCCUUUGGCAUGCUCAGUGGGAAACCAUGUUGAGUUUUGCUGUUAUUUAAAAAGAGGAAAUGUUGAAUUAGAAGAAAGUCCUACUUAUGAAUAUGUGAAAUUCAUCCUGAGUCUCAAACACAUCUGUAAUGAAUCUUUGAUGUUCUUUGGAGGAUUUAAUCCUAAAUGCACCUGCCCUGCAACAUCAAUCGCCAGCAAUCUCCUCUGGGAGGAUCAGUUUUAUUUUGUGGGAACUGUGUGUGUCCUCAGAUCUGAAGUCUUAAAGGAGCUCCAUACUGCAAAGCAAUCAAGUGAAACUAUAGUUGUACAAGAUUCAGAUGAGGAACAUACUUCAGGUGAUCGUAGAAGUCCUCGAAGACAAAGGCGAAGUUACAGAAUGGAAUCACGGCUCAGCAGCGAAUCUGCUAUUGUUUCCUUGGAUGAUGAAGUUGAUAUUGUAGAGGUUGAGCAGUAUGGAGCACAAGAAUCUGUUCAUAUCAUUCAGAUAGAUUCUAGUUCAUCAUCAUCUUCCGACACUAGCAUAUCAUCUUCUGGAAUCAUGCCAGAAUCACCAACCUCCUCAUCUUUGCAGAGCCUUGAAUUUGAAUCUGAGAUGGACCUGAGGAAACGAGAGGAGCCCAUAGACUUGGAAUAUUCAGUGGACUCCGAAUACAUAGAUGACUCCAUGGACCAGGAUGAUGUUAUUGACCUAGUGUCCCAAGAGGCCUCAGUGGAGCCAGACUUUGAAGAAAAUUCCUUGGACUCAGUGUAUCAGGAGGACGAGGUGGAGUUGGUGGAGCAGGAGCUUUACCCUGCCUCCAGCAAGGCUGCUAGUGGUGAUGCUCAGAUGCGACGAAUGACAUUGCGGCGCAUUUUCAGUCCUGAGCCCCAUUCUUCAGGGAUGAUGUCCAGAAACCAGUAUGCUGGAAAGAUGAAGAGAUCUGUUGCAGAUUUCAAGGAGGCCAAACGUUUCCGUAAUUCAUUUAGCUGUCUCAAGUACACUGAGGACCUUGAAGAAACUUGUGUUUCUUCCACACAGGACAAUCUUCAGGAACAAGACCAAUACCUUCAGGAGGAGCUGCAGGAGGAGGAUGAGCCCAUUGAUUCUCCUGUUGAAAUAGAAGAUGAUGAGCAAGAGACCAUUGACUAUUAUAACGAUGAAGACUUUGAUCACAAGGAUAAGAGUCAUAGUCUUUUUCCUGAGGAGCAAGAUGAGUCCUUUAUGGAUCCUUUACCAUCAGCUCAUAGCCGAAGCUCAGAGACAAUUUCUCUGAGCUGCUUUCCUCAAUCUCCUGUAAGCACUGCGUCCAGCAUAGAUGCCCUGGAGACUCCAGAGGAUUUCAUGCAACUGUGGCAAGAGCCACCUAGUCCACAUGAUUUAGAUGAACAUGAUACUUGGCUCUCCAAUGAUCAGAACUCCACACAGGAUUCACCCACCUGGCAGCAGGUGCAAGCACCAGAUGUAAAUAUUCAGGGGUCUCGGGGACCAGAUGCUAUCGAAGCUGAAGCUGCUGCUACAUCCAAGCUGGAAGUACCAAACAGUAUCCAGUCUUCUGAGAAUUCCAACUCCAGAGACUCAGGAGAUCUGGGAGAUCCAGGAGAACCUGGAGAUGCAGUAACAGCAGAAAUUUAAUCCCCAGCCAUGACAGGAAGGUGGGGGAUGGGGACAGACCCAUGAGGUCUGCAAAGUCAGGGGACAAUGCAGGGUACACAACGUCCCUUGGAGUGGGGAUGGGGGGCAGAUAUUUACUGUUAUUUCCUGAAAAGUCGUGUUCAUAGUGGUUUGUUAAGCAUAGCCUUUUGUUGGAAAUUGUGCUGUAGAGACAGCAUGUGAUCCCUAAUUCACUAUUAUGUAACUAUAGCCAGACCCCAGCAGGAGUCUUCUGUCACCUGCCCAGCUUUACACCUACAUGUUUCACUAUGGCUGGCUGGCUGUGGUCCACUCAAGAUCCAAAGUCAUGUUUCUGCCAGAAGCAUAAAGCAUUGUUAGGAUGAUUUGCAAUCUAGUAAGACACUGUUCAGUCUUGGCUACAAUUCUGAGGCUGCCUAUGCCCCAGAAUCUUGCUAAGGAAACUAGCAGGAAUGAGUUUCCAACUGUGGGAACCUAAAAUCAGUUCAACAAUGGUGUAUGGCAGGUAAAAUAAUCUUAGCUUUUUUGCUUAAUAAACACUUUCUUUCACUACAAA